AUGCUACUGGGAGUCGGCGCGCGGCCUGUCCUACGAGGACUGCGCCAGAAGGGCCUGCGCCCUCUUGUGGCGCAUCACCCCUACAGCAGCACCUCGGGCGCCAUCACCACCGUUCCCUUGGUGUACGACCUGCACGAGCCAGCCAAGCCGGUCUCGGACAGCCCGGACCGGACGUCGCCCAUCCUGUUCCUGCAUGGACUGUUUGGGUCGAAGAAGAACAACCGUAGCAUAAGCAGAGCACUUGCUCGGGACCUCGGCCGCUCGAUAUAUGCCCUUGAUCUCCGCAACCACGGCGACUCACCUCGUGCCCAACGCCAUGACUACACGGCCAUGGCAGAGGACGUCGGGGCCUUCAUAGAAGAGCACAAGAUAGUAGAGCCCACCAUCAUAGGCCACUCGAUGGGCGCCAAGACGGGGAUGGCGCUGGCCCUGCGCUCGCCGGCCAUGGUCAAGGACAUCGUCUCCGUGGACAACGCGCCCAUUGACGCCGUCCUGUCCACCGACUUUGCCAAGUACGUCCGGGGCAUGAAGAAGAUCGAGGACGCGGGCGUGACCACGCAGAAGGCAGCUGAUGCGAUCAUGGCCGAGUUUGAGGAGUCCCUGCCCAUCCGCCAGUUCCUCCUCGGCAACCUCUUCACCCCGGAGGGACAAAAGAUCAAGAAGUUCCGCGUCCCCCUCGACGUGCUCGGCAAGGCACUGGCGAAUAUGGGCGACUUCCCCUACAAGGACCCGGGGAAGGCACGGUUCGAGAAACCGGCGCUGUUCGUCCGGGGCACCAAGAGCAAGUACGUGCCCGACGAGGUGCUGCCGGCCGUGGGCGAGUUCUUCCCGCGCUUCGAGGUCGCCGACGUCGAGGCGGGCCACUGGCUGAUCUCGGAGAACCCGGAGGCGUUCAGGCAAGCUGUUGUGCGGUUCCUUGGUCCGAAGGAAUAG